AUGGGGCAAGCCAAGACGCUUUCUGUCCAGCAACUUACUCGUUGGCAUCUCCUCUUCCCUAAAUCUAAAUUACUGAUCCGUAAGCAGCAAGUUCCAGAACAGUUUGCAGAAUGCCGAAAAAUAAGGGAAAGGGUGGUAAAAAAUCGUCGGAGGGGUAAGAACGAGAAUGAUAUAAUGAAAAGAGAAUUGAUAUACAAAGAGCCUGGACAAGAAUAUGCGCAAGUAAUUAAAAUGCUUGGUAACGGUCGGCUAAAUGCAAACUGCUUCGAUGGUAAACCGCGCUUAUGUCAUAUUCGAGGGAAAUUACGAAAAAAAGAUUAUCAGGACGAUAAGGCUGAUGUUAUUUUAAAAUAUAAUCCCGAUGAAGCGAGGAAUUUAAAAGCAUGUGGACAAUUACCCGAAAAUGCGAAAUUGAAUGAAGGUGGUGAUGAUCUCGACGAGGGUGGAGUUGAAUUCGCUGAUACGGGUGCACUGUCCGACGAAGACAAUGAAGGUUCUGGUAAUGAGGACCUACCAUCAAUUGGAUCUGAUUCUGAUGAAGAUGAAGACGACGAGGAGGAGGAAACCGAUGAUAGCGAUGAUGAAAGAAUAACAGAAGAGCGAUUGGCUAGAAGUUAUGUUAAGCCAGGAGCAAGAGAUCGUCCCCAAAAAAAGAAUAAAUGGUAA